CGCCAGUUGGUAGUGGAAAUAUAGCGAGCGCGCACGUCCGCCGCUGCUCUCGGCGUCGACGUCCGCGAAACACGAGACCCCCUCAAGCGCCGGCAUCAGGUGCCGUUUUUCUCGGUGUUUUUUCCGACGCGUUUUACUCCCCCGAAAUCCGUUUUUCGCCGUAGGUACGGCACUGUGGGGCCGUAAACGCCAACCGAAAGUCACUAUCGGCACCCCCCAGCCCCGUAUCGGCCCUUCGAACCCGGCGGAGGUUGAAAAAUAAUUCGCGGAGAGAGGACACGACGACGGUCAGGACGAUUCGUAUAAUAUAAUAUCUGUGAUCACACGACGUAACAAUAUCACUAUAUUAUUAUUGUUAUUGUUGUUGUUGUUGUCGUUGCACCGUCGCGUUAGGUCGGAGAGAGAACGAAUUUUUGUUUUCAAAACCUCCCCACCGCGACGAUCGACGAUUGACCGGCCGCCGAAGAUGCACUCCGACAAUCGUCCGGCCGCCGUGACCGCCGUGGUUUUCCACCGCACGUCCGCUGCACCGCUACGAAUCGCGUCCGCCGGAAAACGUCGGACCAUGUAAUUAUCAUAUUGGCUGUGACUCGAAACCGACAUACCUCCCCCCACCCCCGGCACCAGCAGCUGUGGCACGCACUUCAAAGGUACCCUGCACACAGACAAACACACGCACUCCCACACUCACACACACACGCACACACACACGCACACACACACACUCACACACACAUAUACGAUAUUUAAUGCACAUUGUACACUGGUGCAGUGUAUAGAGUGGCCACCACUGCACCAUCACUGCGCCACCACAGUAACGGCUGCACUACGCCGAUGAUGCGCCACCAGAAACGCGCGGGCGGGACGCUUGCGCCGCGCAGCGACUGCGCCGCCCCACCGUGACCCUGACCAAACAUGGCCAAAGACAAGAAACCGGACAAGAAUAACGGAUCGAAAAAAGGAACGGUCACCUGUGAACGGACAUACGUUUCGGACCGGUGUUCGCGAACCGCCAACCAGGAAACCCGACGAUCGCCGCCGAGCAGCCCGUCCACGAUCCGAGUAAUAGACCUCCCAUGCAGACAUCAGCGGAGAGGUGCUGUCCGCGAUAAACGGACCGUAUCGCUCGACAAACCUCGCCCGGCGCACCAGCGCGCCGAUAACGCAUACGUGGAGACGCCGUUCGCGGACGGCGUAGUGCCGCUACAACUGCAGGGUGCUCCCACCGCGUCCUGCUCAUCCUCUACGUCGUGCCACCCGCCGUACGCCGUGUCAUAUUCCUGCGGCGGCUCCGAUUUCGCUGACAACAGCUACGCAGAGCUUCCCGCCAUAAAGUUCGCGGCCAUGAGAUCGUCAGCCGAACCACCGCCCCGCCCCGGCGAAGGCAUCAUCGACGAGUUCCCGGCGUACGUGCCGUGGAAGGCCGAACAGCGCGUGGAGGAAGACUCGUUGGCGUGCAACGUGUGCCACAAGUGCCGGUGCACCACUUGUCAGAAACUGUGCAAGUAUCCCGGCAUGCGCGUGUGCGGCGUGUUUGACAUGCAGACGAGGUGCGACGAAGCUUGCGUCGAGACGACAACGGUGUGCGUGCCGUGCGUCCAGAAGACGGCCAGGUGUCCAGCGUUCAACGCCGCCAGGGCUGAGGCCGCCGCCAGGGCUGAGGCCGCCGCCAGGGCCGAGGCCGCCGCAGCUUCAGCCGCCGCCAGGGCCGAGGCCGCCGCAGCCGCCGCAGCCGCCACAGUCGACGCAACAGCCACAGCCGACGCAACCGCCACCGAAGCUGCCAAACCGGAAGGCAGUGACGGUGAGCCGCAGACGGAGCGCUCCGCGUCACGCAAGUGCCGGUUGCGCUGGCUGCUCUGUUGCCUGUGCUGUCCGUGUCCGUACUGUCCGGUCAACGACGCGGCCGAGUGUUCGACCGGGUGCCGUGGCAACGUCAACGUGUCCGGUUGCGAGUGCGUCGACUGGGAGGCGCUGAGGCAGAACAACCGCCACCGGGUGAACGCCGCCGCCGCUGCCGUCGCUGCGUCCAGAGACCAACGUCGGUGCCGAGACUACCAUUACUACAUCAAGGCGAUGCCGCAUUUGGCCAACCCCACCGCAGCCUCUGCCGUCGCCGACGUCAAGUCCGCCAACGACAAGUCUGCCAACGACAAGUCUGCCAACGACAAGUCCGCCGUCGCAAAGGCCGCUGCCGACGAGGAAAGCGGCGGCACCCCGACCGCCGACAAGAAAAGCAAAUUGCGGAAAUUCCUACGUUUUUAGACUAAUAAUAUAUGCACGUAAUGCGAUGUAUUAUAUCAAUGUCUCCGACGAUUAUACUACGGCAAGUACAACCAGGCGUAUUUGUUUAUAUUAUUCCAUGUAUAUUGUAUACAUAUAAUUAUAUUAUAUUAUAUUAUGAUAAGUAUUUUAUCCUAAAUUAUUAUUAGUAGGUAGUAUAGUAGUAUAAAUUUAAUUUCGAUUUCAAGCUCUGGUAGUAUAGUAGUAGGUAGUGGUAGUAAUAGCAUUGAUUUUAUAAUAUAUUAUACAAUCAAUGGUAAUAGGGUCGUACAUUUUUGUAAUCAACAUAAAUAACUAUCUUGUAUUGUUAUUAUGGUUCUGUUAUUAUUAUUAGUCUAUUUUUCAAUCCUGCAGAUAAAGGUUUGUUGUUGCAAUGAUUACAUCAACUCUCCUAUGUUACUACACUUGUUUUUCCGUUGAUUUGUUCAUCUAAAUUGCUUCCUUAGUCCCAUUUUUGUCGUUUAUAUUCCAACAUAUUAUGGGUAAAAUCCAUCAUCGUUGCCUCGGUACACACUGUAGGUAUACGGUCAAUCCAUUUAUCCCUUUUCAUCGAGUCCUUUUUUCUGAUAGUACUUCUUGAUUAGGUCACCAUUUUUGUCUGACUUAUCAUGGAGACUUUUCGGUAGCACCACCAAGCCCGGAUUAAGAGGGGAGCACGGUUAUGGGACCCUUUGAUUUUGGGGUCCCAUCUUUAUCCCCGAAAUAUUAUUUUUUUAAAUGCAUCCAGCAAAGUUCAAAAAAAAAUUAAAGCAGUUAUUAUAAAAUAAAAAAACUUCUUAAUUUUAUCUCACGAAAAAUUACUAAAUUAUAAUAAAUAUUAAAUUGAUAUACAAAUAAUCGAUAGUAAAAUGAUGAAGUUUAUGCGAUGGGAGUUGUGAACUACUUUAUUAUUAUAUUUAUUAUUAUGAUUGUACUCUGUAAUAAUGUACUGAUAUUAGGUAGGUAAUAGGUAUUCGCACGAGGUACCAUAAUAACAGUACACAAUUAUACAAUAUGUUACAGUCGUUAAAAUGUAGUAAUACCAUUUUUUGAAUUUUAAGUUGAAAGAGGCCCCACUAAGUGUAUAUAGUGUCCCUGGGCCCAAUUGAUCCUUAAUCCGGACUUAAACACCAAAUCUUCAAAGCUUCCGUUUUAUAUUUUCUUCCUUCUUCAGAGGUACUUAUUUACCACAAUCUUCCACGUUUCGCAGCCAUCGGUAAUGACUCAAAUGUAUAUAACCUAAUCUAACCAGUCUCGUACCGGAUCGUCCUCGAAAAAAUCAAUACGCAUCUAUAAGAGAAGUUCGUCUCGCAUUUUUCUCGAACUAUUUCCGAGUAGUAAGCUUGACUGUUUCAAUAUCAUUACAUAAUAGACGAGCAGUAACAUAUUAUAUUAGAUUGCGAUUUUCAUAAAAAUAAUGUUUUGUGUAAAUAUUAUAUUAUUCGAUGACAUAAGUCGUUUUUCCAGCUUUAUGUACAAAUAAUAAUAUAUGUUGUGUUGUAGUAAAAAUAAUAUCCUAAUAGCGAAUUUUUCGUGUACGUCUGAGUACCAACCCAAAGUAAAUUAUUGUUCGUAAAUUACAUUUAUAUAUAAACAUUUACUCCUUGUAUUAUACUAUAUCAUUAUGAUAUCUCGUCUCUUCGCAUUUAAUGCAGAUACAAAAAUGUGUAUGUGGCCGGGUGUGACACGGUGGUUGCGUUCAGUCACGUUUCGUUUAUGAGUGCAAGCAUUGACCGGUGUUACUAGUUCACGGGUGGGUGACCACCCGGGUUUUUAUUGACAAAUCUUAGCCCUGCAAACAAGUGUUCUAACCAACAGUACACUAUAAUAAAGCCAUUUAACCUACAAACAGCUAAUGGCUUAAGAUCAAUAACAACAAGAAAUAAAAAAAAUAAAAAAAAUAUGUACUAUAAUAACCUAUAUAUUCUAUAAUAUUAUUUUGAAAUGCACAACAUAUUACAACAUUGUCAUAAGAGUUUUUAUUAGAAUGGUCGUUCUUCCGAACAUCUACGAAAGUGUCCCUGCUAAAUUAUUGUUUUCACUUUAAUCAUUUUGGAAUGGUAUAAUUCGUGUUUGAUUAUGUAGUAUAGUAAUUUAUCUCAUGUAUAUAAAUGUUAUAAUACAAAUAAUUUAAUAAAAUUAUGAUCUAAUUAUAAAUGUACCUUUAUGAUUACAAUAAAUUAUUAAAUUGUAAUUUCUUAAAUGUUAUGAUGGACCAGUGAGAUCUAUCGGAAAAAAAACGGAACCUAUUUGUAAUAUAAAAACGUUUGAAUUAUUAAUAAAAAAUAUAAUAUUUAAUCCCCCGCCCCCAAAUACCAUUAAGUACAAACACAUUAAUAAUAAUAAUAUUACACCAUAUUAUUGUAAUUCAUUGUUUGUGGUUCUAUCCAAUAUUGCAUGAUAAUAAUAUAAUUAUCGUUUUUAAGAAAAUUAUUAUUAUGAUAUUAUGCCUACAACAUAAAAAAAAAAUGAUGCGUACUUACGCCUAUAAGUGUGAUGUUUGUUUUCCGAUUAUAUCAAAUUUCGAAUUAUGUGUAUAAUCGUAUUAUUAUUAAUUAUUAUUAUUUAUUAUUAAUUAUUAUUAAUUAUUAUUACUAUACACUAUUAUUAUUAUAAGAAUUGUUAUUUUUGAUGUCUACGAUUGGGUUUACGUAUUAUAAUAUCACGAUGAUAUUCUUACGGACACGCCAAAAAUUAGUUGUUUUUCCAUAUUUGCGUGAUUUGUCGAAAACCGCUCACGAAAUCGCAAUCUCCCUCGGCGUCAGAAGACAUAAAAUUAUUAUUAUAUGUACCGUGCUACAAGCAUUGGCACCGGCCGGUGUCAUCGCCUCGGAAAACUGGCCGUACGAAACAUAGUACAUUUAUUUAUCGUAGAAUUAUAAUCUGACGUAAAAUGCAAGCAUUUUAUUUGAUUUAAUUUGUAAGGUUCGUGUACCUAUAACGUUAAAAUACGACACCAGACCUGUGGUGAUCGAGGGAGUUUCGGGAAAUCGGCGCCCCCUCCCUCAAUCGUCGGGCGGAAAGACUAUAAUUCGGCCGUCCUUCGAUUUAAAUGAUGUCAUUAUUAUUGUUACCAUUAUCCGGUAGCGACAAGACAGUACCUUUACCGUAAAAUUAAACCGCGAACCGUUAGAUUUAUCCGUUUCACCUACACGUGUAGGCAUUAUAAAUAUUAUUAUGAAUUCGGUCAUAUUUUAAUGUAGAACGGUUAUGCUGCUACGACGUGUUCUCAGUGCCGAUAAUACUGUAAUAUAUUAUUAUCGUUAUGAAUAAAAUUGUCGUUCGGGUUUGCGCGAUGGCACACGCGACAAACGGUCUGGGAAACUAUAUUAUUAUUAUUAUGAUAAUAUAGAGCGGGUAUCGAACGAAUUUAAAACAGACAAGUUUAUGUAGGCAUCGCUAGGUACCGAACAACACAUAGGGGAUCGGCCAACAUUCCUGAAUAUUACUAUAUAAUUAAUAUUAUUAUUAUUGUUAUGAUUGAUAUCUAACCGAUCGGAAUGGUACCAUUUUUCCUUCUAUGAGCGAUGUCAUUCUCUCUCUCCACAACUCGACAAAUCUCGAUAGCGUGUGUCUUUUUAUGGAUUAAUUAUAAAAUAUAUUAUAAUAUAAUAUUAUUACAUAUUAUUGAAUGUUUUUAAAUAUGAUAUUUCCAUAUUGUACAGAUACCUACUAUGCUCCUAUAUGGCUAUAUUAUAUAUUACACAUAUAUAUAUAUAUAUAUUAUUAUUAUUAUUAAUUAUUUUGGACGUGUUAUUCCAUUUGAGGAAAAUAUUUUAUAGAAAAAUAAUAUUUUAAACACAAAUGUGUUUUUAUUCACAAAUGUCAUUAAGUUAUAUUUAUUGUGUGAAUUUUUACACCACUGGCAUGCACAGACACAUCGAUAGAUCGUUAAUGUCGACAUUAUACCUACUUACAUAUUGUGUUACAGUCAUUGAUCCAAAGAUCAGUGCAAACUUAAUGAAAAUAUAUUAAUUUACAGCUCCGUCGUGUAUUAUAUUAUAAUAUAUUAUAAGUAGCUCGUGUAGUCGCGUAUCGUUAGGUCACAAAUAUCUAUUUUCACAUAAUAAUAUAUUGAUUAAUCUCAAUUGCAAUAGAUUUUUAUUCAAAAAUAAUAAAAAAAUAAAUAAAGACGAGUCAUCGAUUGUUAUAAAGUGCUUGGUCUCAAAUUCGCAUUGUAGUGAUGCGCAUGCCUAUGGUGUUGGUUCAUGUUAUUUAUGAUGAUAAUAUGAUCAAAUAUUGUUAUAAAAUAUAGAUGUGUUUAUGUGUUUAUUAAAUAAUAUUAUUAUAAAUGUAUGAAUUAAACGUAAUGGUUUCUCAAAAAUCUAACUAUUACUAUAUUAUGUUAACGAUCGAUGGAUUUUUUUUUUCAAAUUCACUAUUAAUUAUUAUAAUUUCUUAAGCCUCUCAAAUAUCAAAAUAUACUUAUAUGUUUCUAAGACUAAGUAUCUGCAUUGGUUAGCACCGGGUUGUAAGCACCGGUUCAUAUUAUUAUUACUGGCUACUGCUGAUCUAUCUCUAGUCAUAAAUAUUAUUCAAAAUAUCGAUACAAAUAUAAUUCUUACUACUUGGCAUGUUUUUAUUUAAUAUGAAAU